UAAUAAAAAUAAUAAAUUCGAUUUUACUGACUACUGAUUGUGAUAAAGUAUUGAAAUCAUUUUUUCAGAUACAUAAUAUUUUUAUUAUAAUCUUUUUUAUAGAUUUAUAUUAUAAUUAAUAACAAAUUUUUAAUAUUUAGUAAUAUUUAUUGAUAAUCGUUUAAUCAUGCCUUCUGCAAUAGAAACCAAAAAUAUAACUAGAAGAGAAAUUCUUGAUAUGAUGAAUGAAAAGGAAAAACUUGAACAACAAUUGAAAACUUUUGGAGAAGUUUUACAAUCGCAUAGAGUUGGUAUGGAUGAACCUUUAGUGGAUGACCAAGACUUUCCUAGGAAUGACAUUGAUGUAUAUCAAAUAAGAUUAAUACGUAGUCGUAUUAUUUGUACACGUAAUGAUUUGAAAGCUAUAAUGGAUCGUAUUGAAAAAAGUUUAAAUGCUUAUUUUACACAAAGCAACCAUAAUGAACCUGAACAACACAUACUUAAUGGAAAUUGCAGUUUAAAACCAGAUAAUUAAUAACUCAUCAAAUAUGUGUUUUGAAUAUUAUAACUUGUAUAUACACUUAAAUAAUAUUAUUUAAUAACUUUUA